ACUAUUCUUCCUUACCUGCGUGUUCAUCGUAUCAGUCCUCACCACCAUGUAUUCCAAUCAGGGACUAAUGUUUGGUGACUAUUCUCUCGAACAACAGUCGUUUCGUGACCUAAACAGACACGAAAAAAGCUUGGGGCUGCUGACCGAGAAAUUUGUCCAGCUGUUGAAGGAGGCACCCGAUGGGAUUUUGGAUCUCAAAAUGGCUGCGGACUACUUAGCCGUGAGACAAAAACGGCGAAUCUAUGAUAUAACCAAUGUUCUGGAAGGAAUCGGUCUGAUCGAGAAGCGCACAAAGAAUAGUAUUCAAUGGAAGGGCGGAAGUGCUGCCACCAACGGACCAGACAUUCAGGCUCGUCUGGACGAAUUGCAGGCCGAGGUGGAGUAUCUGGAGAAUUUGGAGAAGAAAGUCGACGAACACAGGACCAAAGUAUUACAAUCACUGAAGAACGUCCAAGAGGAUCUUGACAACCUCCAGUACGCCUACGUGACACAUCAGGACCUGAUCAAUAUCUUCCAAGACCGGACGAUGCUGGUCAUUCGAGCACCGCCUGGGACUCGACUCGAGGCUCCCGUACCCGAGAAUCCGGCGGAACAGCCUGUACAAUCACUGUUCUCACAAAAGCGUUCGUACAAGGUUCAUGUGAAAAGCUACACCACCCCGAUUCACGUGCUACUGGUCAAUCAAGAGGAAGGCAGUGACAGGGCCCGCGUGUUACCCGUACCUGCUGGACCUGAAGCAGGUGUCCUGAAUAGAAGAUCCUCUAGUCUUUCCAGGACUGUUGGGGAGAAUACUCUCGUCAGCCCUCUUCUUCCAUUGAGUCCACCACCAAACGAAUGCGAUUUCAGCUACAACCUGGAUGAUACCGAGGGUUUGUGCGACCUAUUCGACGUCCCGGUCGUUCCAACAGCACCUGCUGAGGAGGAUGCUACGAACUAAUAUUAUAAUCCUUCCACUCAUUAGUGUUGUACCAAAACAUUGCACAAUAUUUGAUGUAUAUAUAAAGGUGUAUUUAUCCACACGUUUGCAGUGUUUCCAUGUCACAGUAGCCUUAAUAGACAAUGGGAGCUUGUUGAGUUGGCAAUAUUUUGAACCGGAGCUUCAAGGUUACCCUGUGUCGGGAGAAACGAUCUUCCGGACUGUAGCGACUGGGGUGGGCACUCAAAGUCGGUCUUCCAUCAGGAGCGGUUUGCUGGAAUGAAUUGCAAAAAGGGACGAAUAGUCAAGAUACGCGGUUACCAUGUACUGAUUCGAGUGUGUAGACAAGGAAGCUUGGGGACAAU